AUGCCGCGCAUCGCCCGCCGCGCGCGCCGCCCUUUUUGUAGGCGGCGCGGCCCUGGAACAAAGAACGCCGAACAAAGACGCACGGACCGCGCUGUCAGACGCACCUCCACUUGUCGUCCCGCCUUCAUCAUGGUCUUGUCCCGUGUGCCUUGGUGGCGCCUGUCCCUGCUGCGCGUGCCGCGCACGCCGAAGGUGAUGCGACCGCUUUCUACGUCAGCGAGUGUCGGUUUCUCGCUCAUGAGCCUGUUUUCUAUGAAGAGCGUGACGGAUGUGCUGGGCACGAGUGAGAGUGCGUCGGUGCUGCGCGAGGCGUCGCCUGCCGCGCCGACCAAGCAGCCGUACACGCUCGUGUUCGUCCACUCGAGUGCGUGGGGCGUGUCGCGUCAGGCGUGGCAGUCGUGGAUUAUGUACUUCCGCGAGGCUGGCUACGACUGCCUCGACGUCCAGGUCGAGCUGCCGGCGAAGCCGGCCGACGGCGCGUCUCGGGACGAUGCGCUGGCCGAGCAGAUCUCGUCGCAGGUGCGGCAGAGUGCGCUGCAGCGCGAGCCGGUGCUCUUUGUGCGCGACGGCGCCGACGAGACUGUGCCUUCGUACCUGGGCCACGGCGGUCUCUUCUCGAACACGCGGGGCCCGAUGUCAGGCCUCGUCCUGCUGCACCCGCGAUCGCCUGAGAUGCUAAAGAAGGCGGACUGGCCCUCUGGCACGCCCGUGCUCGUGAUUCCCGCGAAGGACGCCGAAGCGUGGGAGGGCGCGGUGCCGUCGCGCCAUGUCAAGGUACUGGGCGACCGGUGGUCGGAGAAAGAGGGCCUGCUGAAGGAGGUCGAGAGCUGGAUGCGGUACGUCGGUCUGUAG